GCACUAUAUUCAUACUGUCCGACUUCAAGCCGAUGGCUCGGCCCCUGUGCCGCGAUAUCGUGUUUUACAUAUCGACCACUUUUAUAGUGUGGCUGACGUUUUUGGGCGGCUCUAUCAAGAUGUCCCAUUCGAUUGCAUUCAUUUGCAUCUAUUUAUUUUACAUCAUUACUGUCGUCGGCUCUGGCAUUAUAUACACUAAAUAUCUCAAUAAGAAAAAGACCGAAUCUAGCGAUGAACCGCCCGAAGAGAUGUCGGGUCGAGUGAGUAAACUAGUGUUCGCGCGCACAUACUUCGGCCGCCAGGCGUCCAAAGCCAAGCGCACGUCCAUUAACGACAUGCAGGACGACAACUAUGAAGGAGUUGUACUCAGAAGAAUCAAAUUCCGCGAUAUCGGCGUUACGUCACCGCAAAGGAGGCGCACCCUCUCUAACAUCCAUCAGCCCUACCAAAACGGCUCACAGCGGAAGAGUAUAUUCACGGUCUCUAAAGCAGACAAUGAAGAAGAAUUUCGGGGCAGAACUCAACGAAGCAACACAAUAUCGGACGUCUCGUUCCCAAACCAUACACCAGUGGUGGGCGAGAAGAAAAGGGUCCUAUUAUUACAUCAAUUGAGUAAAAUAAGUAUGAAUAGCAUUUGGUCGUCAAAAUCGACAACAUUU